AUGCCUCAAAAUGACGAUUCACGACCUACUACACCUCCUCCUGCCACACCCGCCACUUCCUACAGUGUCCAGAAAGCGGAUCAGAUUGCCUCGAGAUUCUUUAUCAAAUUUCUUCUUAUUGUCGUAUCCUCACGCUCCACUGUUAUAGAGCAUGGCCCACGCAGCGCUAAAUUUGACAAAUGGACUCCUGAUACAGAUAUCCAUAGAGAUCACAUGCGUACAUUUCGCUCGUUGUCUACGAUGAGCACACUACCGUCCCUCACACUCCAUACGGUCUUGACAAUUCCUGACCUCGGAACAAACAAAGUCCUGGUUGCCCUCGAUUCUGUCGGCUCGAGACUGAGGAUUGAGCCUACACCACGCGCUAUUCUGCUCGAAACCUGGACGCUGACUGCCACCCAGCCUCAGCGAGGUCUGGACGAGAAGCUACAGACCAUGGACGACGAUUUCAAGAAGAGCUUCCAAAGCUUGAUGCAGAGACGACGAGGAAAGGGUGGGCGUGCAGGAGAUGCGAAUCCUCCCGCGGAAGAAUUAGCACAGCUUCCUGAUGAACCCGGACCUGGAGUCAGGAGACCAGGCCUCUCUUUCCGAAGCGGCAAUGCGAUACGCGGUCGGCCUAAUCCAGCAUCAGGAGAGACGGAACCUUUCGCUACGCCACCAGGCGACUCUACAGCUAGCGACGGCUCUGGGUAUGCUGGGAUUGUAGGCCAGCUGGAUUUGGAUUCCCCCGAGGGUCAGCUGCCCGCGUCUCCCUUUGGCCCACGCCCCACGCGGCCUUCCAGCAACCUAGCCACCCACCUUGGUAGUACCGCUACCACAACAAGUUCCAACAACACUCCCACUCGAAGUUCAGAUUCGUCGACGGGGACAACGACCACUACGGGCGCGAGUACGGCGAGCAGAGCCCGUCAACGAGGGCUCGAAGAGGAUGUGGCUGAAGGCCGAUACGAAGGCGACAACGAGAGUAGCUCUCGAGGGCCAAGGUACACGUCUGUGCUAAGACGGGACGCAACACUGCGACCUCAGGACCGGCACUCGAGUGGUUCCAACCCCAACAGUGCUGAUGGUGUAGCGAAAG